AUGAGGAUAGAAGGAGAAAAAGGUGUGAAAACACAAUCCGCGCCAAAACAUUGGCCGCGGACGCGCAAAAGAAUUUUGGCCGAGCAAUUCAAUCUGGCCGACCGUUACGGUCGAGCCGGGAAGGAAAGCUCGUGCUCGGCCGGAUUCUCAUUGCGCGACAGAAACGUUCGCGCGACGCACGAACCGGGAAGAAGCCGCGAUCGGCCGAAUCGGAACGACGGAACGCGACCGACGCGCUCGGCCGGAUCGUAUCGGAACGGACCGACAUCGGUCGAUCCGGGAAAUUCUCUCGGCCAAAACAAAUUUGGCCGACCAAAUCGCUCGACCGCGACAAAAUCCAUCGGCCAUCGGCCCAAAACUUUUCUAGGCCAAGGUAAGUCCCCUUUUCAUUAA